UCAUAAUAACCACAUGUUUUGGUUUUCAAUUAUCUAUUAGGUAUAAUCACUAGUGUUAAGAGCGCAGUACAGUGGUGAUUGGUGAAGUGAAUAGCGGGGAGAUGCAGAAGGGCAACUAUCAAACCGAUGCGUUCAUUGGUGCCGAAGGGAAGCAGCAGAAGCAUGACAUGUCUAUGCCUUACCCAUUCACUCACUCAAACCCAUAGCCAUAACCUACUGGCUACUACCUUCUCUUCUUCUCUCUAUAAUAGUAACAACCGUAACCCCCUCUUUCAAUUAUUCUCCGGUAUUCUCCGGCCUCGAAUUCGAGCAUUUUCCACCGACUUCAGGAGCGCCCCCACACCAACUGCUUCUUCUUCUGCCUUUGCCCAAAGCAUGGCGAAUUUCGACGCUGAUUCCGUCACUUACCUUAAGCAGCGAGAUGCCGCGGAGAUCGACGAGACACUCAUGGGACCACUUGGCUUCAGCGUUGACCAGCUCAUGGAGUUGGCUGGUUUGAGUGUCGCCACUUCCAUUUCUGAGGUUUACAAACCGAGUGAGUAUAGUCGUGUUCUUACUAUAUGUGGUCCCGGUAACAAUGGUGGUGACGGUCUCGUAGCUGCUCGGCACCUGCAUCACUUCGGUUAUAAGCCAUUUGUCUGUUACCCAAAGCGUACCCCCAAGCCUCUAUAUGCUGGGUUAGUUACUCAGCUUGAAGCACUGUCAAUCCCAUUCUUCUCAGUGGAAGAACUACCAUCAGAUCUUUCAAAUGGUUUUGACGUUGUCAUAGAUGCAAUGUUUGGAUUCUCAUUUCAUGGUUCUCCAAGGCCUCCUUUUGAUGAUUUGAUCCAGAGACUUGUCUCUUUACAUAAUAAUAAUAAUCAAAUUGGCCAAAAAAGAUCAGUUAUAGUCUCUGUAGAUAUUCCCUCUGGGUGGCAUGUUGAAGAGGGAGAUGUUGAUGGUACAGGCAUUAAACCUGAUAUGUUGGUUUCUUUGACAGCCCCAAAAUUAGGUGCAAAGAAGUUUGGUGGUCCUCACCACUUUCUAGGAGGUAGAUUUGUCCCACCUGCUAUUGCAGAAAAAUAUAAGCUUAUACUUCCACCAUAUCCUGGAACUUCCAUGUGUGUUCGAAUUGGAAAGCCUCCACGUAUUGAUAUCUCAGCUCUAAGAGAGAACUAUAUCUCUCCAGAAUUUCUUGAAGAGCAGGUGGAGGCUGACCCUUUUAAUCAGUUUCAUAAAUGGUUUAAUGAUGCAUUGGCUGCUGGUUUGAAGGAACCAAAUGCUAUGUCCUUGUCAACUGUAGGGAAGGACGGAAAACCCUCAUCAAGAAUGGUAUUGCUAAAAGGCUUGGAUAAGGAAGGAUUUGUGUGGUACACAAACUAUGAAAGUCAAAAGGCACGUGAAUUAUCUGAAAAUCCACGUGCAUCACUUCUUUUUUACUGGGAUGGUUUAAACCGGCAGGUACGGGUGGAAGGGCCUGUUCAGAAAGUCUCUGAUGAGGAAUCAGAACAGUAUUUCCAUAGCCGCCCUAGAGGUAGUCAGAUUGGAGCAAUAGUCAGCAAGCAGAGUACUGUAGUGCCGGGUAGGCAUGUUCUUUAUCAGGAGUACAAAGAGCUGGAAGAAAAAUACUCUGAUGGAAGUUUAAUCCCUAAACCUAAGAACUGGGGUGGAUAUAGGCUAACACCACAACUUUUCGAGUUUUGGCAAGGGCAGAAAUCUCGCUUGCAUGACAGGUUGCAAUAUACUCCCCAUGAGAUCAAUGGACAACGGCUGUGGAAGGUUGACCGGUUGGCUCCUUGAUCAUUUUUUCUUCUAUUCAGUAUCUCAACUUGUGAAAAAUAAGGGAAAUAAACUUGUUUCUAAAGCUCAGCCUUUUUUUUUCUUUCGACAUAUUGAAUUGUGCUGUGUCUAUAUUUAUAUUACUUGUAUUUUAUUUUUUUACUUGGCAUUCUAAGUAGACUUGAUCGCAGGCCUACAUUCUAAGUAAACUUUUCCAGAACGAUGAGCUUUCGCCCGCCGAAAAUUUGUAAAAUUGAGAUCCGGGUCUAAUUUUAAGUUAAUGAAAAGACAAACCAAUGAUGUUGAAAAAAGACA